AUGCUCGGUUCCACCUCGAAGACCCUUAAUCUUUUUCUCAUAUUCAUGAAAACAUCAAUGAGCUCAUGUCCUCGGGUCAGGCAGGGAUACUCCGGGUUGCGCCGGUGCAGAGGCGACGAGGCCGUCCAAACCGGGCGUGCGAUGUUUGCCAUGUUAGGAAGAUCGCCUGUGAUCGGGCAACACCAAAGUGUGACUGGUGCGCCUGUCAUGAUCUACAAUGUACCUUUUCCAGAUCUAGCCCCGGGGGCUCUUCAAGGCCUCGCAAGCGCAAAUCCUACAAUCACGGCGUGGACUCCGGCCGUUGGCUACAAUGACCCGUUUGCGGGCCGCCACUGGGGGAAUGUAUGCACGUUCGAUGGCACGCCCAUCUUCUCGGCAAGCGGCUUGCAAUGGAUAACCGCAUGUACUGGGAGAGAGCUUACAGUCGCUCAUUAUCCAAUCUCCGAGGCUCCCAGGUGGCUAGACUCUGCUGAUCCACCGUCUCCACUGCCUGACCAGAACCACUUAUACGUAGAGAUCCAGAAGUAUCAAGCUUCUGAAUUCAGCCUUUUCUUCCCCAUCCUUGACCCCUCGCUGGUAACUCACACUAUUCAAGCAGCAUAUUAUGGACAGAUAUCAACAGGAUCGCCUUGUUUGAGCUGCGCCAGGGCCGCGAUAUUUGCUUUUCACUCGCUUGCGUUAUCUGUGGUGCAUGGGGACGAGGACGGUGCGCUGGAGUCAAGCGUUAGAUAUGCUCGUGAGGCAUAUCGCCUUGUGCCAGAAAUUAUCAAGGGAGCUGCAACACUGGAUGGGCUGCAGGCUGUUCUCAUGCUUGGGCUUGCAGCAGACUUUUCAACCAUCGAUCACCUACUGACAACGGUGGCCCGGUUAAUAUACCAACUAAGGCUGAAUUUAUCUCCUGAUCAUGCGGGAGCUACCCCUCUAGCCGUCAAUAUCCACGCACGACGUUUAUUCCGCAUAGCCUACGUUUGUGACAAAGGCUUGACCCUGCUAACUGGCCUUCCCCCACGACUCGAAGACUCUAUAUGUGAUCCAGCGCCUUCCCUCUUCGAAAACUCCAAUGACCCUGCAAGCACCACAAAUGCUUACCUUGACGCAUACGACUUGGAGAAGUGGAAGGAUAGCUUACCGCUACCAAAUCGACCCACGCUGAUACCCGCUGAACAUGACCUGGUGCUUCAAAACACCGAUAUGCGGUUCUCGGUCUUUCAUUUGCAAUACCACCAUUGCUUGCUUAUGAUUCACCAAGCCAGCAGCAGGUGCGCCUCGUGGAUCGGGAAUCAAGAUACUCAAAAUACUUCUUCGAGCCUUGCGAUCUCCGUGACCGCGAGUCGAGCCUUUCUCCGGACAUUUGUCUUCCACCGUGUGGAGCUGGGUCCGCAGAACCUUCUUUUCUGUCUAACCUACUUCAUCCAAACCGCCAUAAAUCUAUUUUGCAAUGUCCUCUCACACCCCCUUCAUCCCGAAACCAAUGAAGACAUGAACCUCAUGGGUCUAAUUUCGGAUCUCAUUGCUGCUAAGAAGAGAGCAAGGGACCCUGUAUGCUACGUUGGGAAGAUCACCUUUGCGCAGGAGUUUAUCCUUGAGCUGAAGCGGCUUGCUCGGUGUGCUGUCGAUAGGGCAACUGCAGCUCGACAAGCAAGUGUGGCUUAUGUUCAUGAGCUACACCCUGCCAUGAUUCCCGUGAUGGAAAGAGGUUCUUGA